CGCUGCGGGGCCGGACGGGCGCGGCGCGGAGGAAGUGCGGUCUUUGCGGCUCGGCGCGGGGCCGCAAUGUCGUCCCGGCUCGGGCGCGACGACUCAGGGACCGGGGGCGCGCGGCGGCCGCGGGAGCCUCCGGAGCAGGAGCUGCAGCGACGCCAGGAGCAGAGGCGGCGGCGGCACGACGCGCAGCAGCUGCAGCAGCUCAAGCACCUGGAGUCCUUUUAUGAAAAACCUCCUCCUGGACUUAUCAAGGAGGAUGAGACUAAGCCAGAAGACUGUAUACCAGAUGUCCCAGGCAAUGAACAUGCCAGGGAAUUUCUGGCCCACGCACCAACCAAAGGGCUUUGGAUGCCACUGGGGAAAGAAGUCAAAGUCAUGCAGUGUUGGCGCUGUAAACGAUAUGGUCACCGAACAGGCGACAAAGAAUGCCCUUUUUUCCUCAAAGGCAACCAAAAGUUAGAACAGUUCAUAGUAGCACAUGAAGAUCCCAUGUAUGACAUCAUACGAGAGAAUAAAAGACAUGAAAAGGAUGUAAGGAUACAACAGUUAAAACAGUUACUGGAGGAGUCAACAUCAGAUGAAGAUGGGAGCAGCUCCAGUUCCUCAGAAUGUAAAGAGAAACACAAGAAAAAGAAGAAAGAAAAGCAUAAGAAAAAGAAGAAAGAAAAGAAAAAGAAGAAAAAACGAAAGCAUAAGUCUUCCAAGUCAAAUGAGAGUUCAGACUCAGAAUGACAAGAGCUUGACUUGUUCAACAUUCUCUUCUCAAAAAUCAAACACUGUGGCCAAAGAUCAAAGGAAUGUGGAAUCAGAGAGCAAUAGGAGAGAGAGACACCAAGAGAGGAGGAGAUUUGGUGUCACAGGUGUGAAUUCUCACCUACCUUCCAGUAAAGAUGUGACCCCCAGGAGAGUGAGUUGUAUUUUGCCAGGUGCCGGCUCUGGACAGCAGCUGAUUUCAGGCUGGAAAGCUUUUCUCAUUGUUCUCCUCCCUGCUGAUCACUGUGAGUCCUGAUUCCUUAGAAAUGCCUCUGGCAGGGUGGCCAGACUAAGGGAAUCUCUGAGGAAGCUCUUCCAGGUGCUGCCACAGCUUCUACCCUCCAUGGUGGGGCUACUUAAUGCCCUUAGACUUCAGGCUUGACUUUCCUCUGUCGCUGAGGAUAAAAGCUCAUUAUUUUAUUUAUUUAAAAAAUACUCAUUUAUUUUUGAAUCAUAAUAAUAUACUUAUAUGGUCCAAAUUUAAAAGGUAUAUAACGGGAAUUCCUUGGCUGUCCAGUGGUUAGGACUCGGCCCUUUCACUGCCACGGCCCGGGUUCAAUCCCUGGUCAGGGAACUGAGAUCCUACAAGCCACGACGUGUGGUCAAAAAAAAAUUAUAAAAGGUAUAUAAGGUUUAAUCAUGAAAAACUUUCCUCUUCUCUUCCCCAGCUAUUGAGUUCCCUUUCCCAAUGGCUAUCCAUUUUACCAGUUUCUUGUGAAGUCAUACAGAAAUGUUUUGUAUAUCACAAGCAAAUGUUUUUUCUCUUUUUUAACACAAAUACUAGCAUACCACACACAUUUGUCUGCAUUGUUUUUUUCAUUUUUUAAAUCAACAGUGUAAAGUAUGUUGGUCUUUGCUGCACACAGAAGUCUUGAGAUCGUAAAUCCCUGUUAUGUUUGGUUGAGUUUUUUAGGGGGAAAGGCUAUCCUAUAAUAACAAUGAACAAUCAUUGUCUUUAUCUUCCUUAGCACUUACUGCCAUUGUCCCAUGAUUAUUAUUAUUCCCAGAAUAAUUGAUUCAGAAAACUUACAAGGAUAUAGGAAUUACUGUACUGAGUCAGCUACCCACAUCCCCAAAUAUAUCCUCAUCCUGUUGGCUAAGCACAGCCUACACGAGAACUUCUGGCUUUGACUGCUGGAGCUGAGGCAGCUCAGCAGGUUGGGAUGGUGCCUGCAGCUAGGAGAGGGCGUCUGUUCUUGCUGAGCCAAAGUGGAGCCAGAUUUUGCUCAUGAGCAAGUGUCCUUCCCUCUCCACUAGGGUCUCUUGCUGUUUUCAUCACUCAGGGUCCCAGGAACUCACUGUUCCCACUGCCUGCCUUUUUUCCUAGGGAUUGGAUUCCCCCCUCUUUAAAGAAUAACCAAUGUGGGCCAGGCUGACUCCUUCCCAAUUCUCCUCAGUAACUGCUCCUAGUCUUGGCCUUGGAAAGUUUAUCUCAAUAACACAAUUGGCUGGAAUGGCCCAGGACCUGCUCUUCCUGAAAACCCUAAGCCCAGUUAAUUCAAGCAGUGCCUUACACUUACCCUUGGCAUUUCUAGCUCAGCAUGCAGCAGAAAAUUCUCGUUCCAGGAAUUUUCUUUCUCCUGCUAGAGUCCCAUUCAUGAUAAACAUAUUCUAUUACAAUAUGGAAGAAUAAUAUCAAUGAUUCUUGAGCUUACGGUGCAUCAAAAUGACCUGGAGUGCUUGUUAAAACAGAUGCCCAUGCCCUACUCCUAGUUUCAGAAUUUCUGAUUUAUUGUACUAAUUCUGGAAUGGACUGUGGAAUUUGCAUUUCUAACAAGUUCCCAAAUGAUGCUGAUGCUGUCAGUUUGGGGAACAGAUUUGAAGAACCGCUGAUCUAAAUGUUUAACCUCUUACUAAAGCCUUUCUCCACUUUCUGCUUUAACGGGAAUCUCUCCAUCCACUGUAGCCCCUGCAAGUUAAUUCCUGUCCCUUCUCCCUCACUCCAGGUUUCUCUGUCUUCUAUUUCCGGCCUACAUUCUGUGGUCCAUCAGUUAAACCUGUUAUCUCCCUUGACCUGUGGUUUUUCUGCCCAGCUUACCCAAAAGAACCUCAAACCAAACUCCUCCUCCUCUGUUCUGAUUCCCAGACUGCAGAGCCCAUAAAGCUGUCAAUCAAAUUCCUUCAUCCUAUAACCUCUUUCCUCAAACUCAGUACUCUACUAUUAAGGAAGUCAAAAGAAGCCACCAGACCUCCCUUUACCAAGGUAUCUUAACAGCCUGCCAUCAUGGUUGUGGUAGGCGAAAUUGUAAAACAACCCCAAGGUUUCCUACCCAAACCUGUAGAACUGUUACUUUAAGGGAUUUUACUCCCAUGAUUAGAUUAUGUUAAAAGAUAGUUUGGCCUUUUAAGGGUGACUGUUUGGGUGAUCUGAACCAAAUCACAUGAGAUUUUUCUUUUUUUAAUUUAUUUGUUUUAUUUUUAUUUAUUUUUGGCUGCGUUGGGUCUUUGUUGCUGUGUGUGGGCUUUCUCUAGUUGCGGCGAGCGGGGGCUACUCUGUUGUGGUGCCGUGGCUUCUCUUGUUGUGGAGCACAGGCUCUAGGCACGCGGGCUUCAGUAGUUGUGGCAUGUGGGCUCAGUUGUGGCUUGCGGGCUCUAGAGCGCAGGCUCAGUAGUUGUGGCACAUGGGCUUAGUUGCUCCGCGGCACGUGGGAUCUUCCUGGACCAGGGCUCGAACCCGUGUCCCCUGCAUUGGCAGGCGGAUUCUUAACCACUGUGCCACCAGGGAAGCCCUCGCAUGAAAAUUUUAAAACCAGAGUUUUUUUUCUGGCAGGUAGCAAAGUAUGACAGUGGUUCCCACAGAGGUUUCUGCUCCAGUAAGUUUUGACUCUAUAUCUGCCCAUCUCUCCAAUUUUUGGGUCAGCGGUUUGCCCUGUGACCUCAAUUCUCUGAUAGAUUUAAGAAGAUUUGAUGAUUAGUUUGUUCGGUUUUUUACUUGUUAGGACAGAGUGAAGACUUCUAAUCUCUUUACAUGCCAGACCAGAGACCGGAAGUUGAUGGAUAUUGCUUUAAGCCACUACAUUUGUGGUAAUUAGUUCCUGCCCACAUCUGGAAAAUUCGUGAGGGCAGAGACCAUCUUGUUUCAUGCUGUAGUCUCACCUUCUAACACAAUGUGUCAUGCAUGGUGGUGUUCAAUGGGAAUUUAUUAAAA